CACUCACUGGGGAGCUGCUGGAGGAGUAACUAGACAGGUAGCUGUCUAGCAGGGGACUCAAGCAGAAACACGAGCAUCACUCGCUCUGCUGCAGCCGGAACUUGAUAAAUACACUGAAUGCGAUUUUGACAUCAUUAUCUUGUGCAGACGUAUUCUUGUAUACUGGAGUUUGACAAUACAAAACACUAUUCUCCUUUGCCUUAUAAUAUAAUUGCUGCCUGUAAAUGGAUGCCACUUGGGAUAUUUGAGGCAGCCGUACAGCUCUUGUAAGGAUGGAGAUGCUACGUCGGUCAUCUGUAUUUGCUGCAGAAGUUUUUGAAGCCUUUGACAGAUCUCCCACAGAUAAAGAGCUGGUUUCCCAGGGAAAGGCUUUGUGUAGAGACUUUAUACAAUCUCGGCUUCAGCGUGCAGGCUUGGGAUGGAGCAAGCCAGAGCACGGAAUAUCAUCUCCUGCAGUAGGACGUAUGGCUGAGGUGUCUGCAACAUUUCUGAGACUUGGGGAUGAGCUGGAAUACAUGAGACCUACUGUGUACAGGAACAUAUCCCGACAGCUGAACAUCUCCCUGAACUCAGAGUCUAUCCUCUCUGAUGCCUUCCUAGCAGUUGCAGCAGAGAUCUUCACAGCAGGUAUCACAUGGGGGAAGGUGGUGUCAUUAUAUGCAGUGGCUGCUGGUCUAGCAGUAGACUGUGUAAAGCACUCACAGCCUGCCCUUGUCCUGAUAAUUGUUGACUGUCUUGGGGAGUUUAUCCGGAAGUCCCUGGUGACUUGGCUGAAAAGGAGAGGAGGUUGGACUGAUAUCACAAAGUGUGUGGUGACAUCUGAUCCUGGACUUCGUGCCCAUUGGUUAGUCUCUAGCGCCUGCAAUUGUGGCCAUUUUUUAAAGGCUUUAGUAUUCUUCCUGCUUCGUGAGCGAUAACCUUUGCUUACAAAAAGAACAAACACCUACUAUUAUGUCUCUAAGCUCUGCCAGUGAUCCACUGCAAGACAUGGCUGCCCUCAUUAUUUCUGCAAUGGUCUGGUCUGGUAACUUUUUGAUUGUAGUUCUUGAAUACAUUAGCUUUUACUUUCCAUCUUCUAGAUAACCACUGAUUAGUGUUACACCAUUUUUUGGAGUAAGCUGGACACUAUCACUUGCCUGUUGUGAUCUUCGUUACUUAAAGUACCAUGAACAUUUUCCUUGACUGGAUUAGUGGCUUCAUCUGCUCCUGUGUGGAAACACUAAGAAAAGUAUUUACAGCAAUGACAUUUACCUGUCUUUGACUGAUAUCAUUUCAGCUACAAUCUGCCUUGGUGGACUUUGUAUAUGUAUAGAUUUGACAAAAGCACUCUUAUGCUAUAAAAUAUUUAAAAUUGUUUUCGGCAGAAGGGAUCAACAGUACUUGGAGUAUGCUCUCUACAAAUCCAGAUAAUUUUUGUAUUGAAAUAAGAUAACUUCAUAUCCCAUUACAGUGUAAUGAACAAAAGUUUUCUUAACCAGACCUGUUUGGGAAAAAACACAGCUGACUAAAUCUGCGAAUGAGGAAAGAUAAUCUUGACAUUUUCAAAGCCCAAUCAAAAUACUAGUUCUGAUUUCAGAAUAAGCCACAGAUAGUAUGUGGCCAUGAACUAUGUGGCAAUACAGGACAUAUUUAUGGUUUUAUAUUGGACUACAUUAUGCCAGCGGUUUUUACCUAAAACUAUGUCUAUAACAGUGCUAAUGAAUUAAAAGUGAAAAUAUGAUAAUCUGUUGGCGCUCUACAAAUACCUGAUAAUGAUAAUAAUAAUGAUAAUAUGAUCAACUGCUGUUCAUUUGAUCUGUCAUGGUAAUGCUGAUUUUAUGUGUAUUGUUUCCUGUGUUGAUUAUAUAAAUAUUGGAACUGCCGUGCACAAUGUCACUAUUUUUGAUGCUUUCCUGCUGAUGAGUAAUGUAAUAUCAGUAAAAGUAAGUGGCUUAAUUUAAUUUUCCAGUACAUUUGAAUAUAAACAUAUUAUAUUUAAUACUGAAAUGUAAAUGUUCGUUCUAUAGAAACGUUCUGUCAGUAAAACAUAUGGCAUUUGUUUUACCCUUUGAAUUUCUAUAAACAUUUACCUGUCUGCUA